GGGAGGCUGCGGCGGCCGCGGGACCGCUCGGCGCUCGGCCUCUCCGCCCCCUCGCAGCCUUUCUUUCGCCCUCUUCCCUCACACUCCCGGCCGGCGCCUCGGCUUUGUGCGCGGAGAUGGUGUAGCCCCCCGGCCGCCGCAGGAAGCCGCCGGCCACUUGUCUCCCGUCUCCGAGCUGCGUCCCCGCCCCUGGAGGACGGACCCCCUGGGCUCAGCGCCUCCCGCGUCUCCCGGCUGCUGGGGAAGCCUCGGCGCCGCCGGCACCAUGAGUGAACAGAGUAUCUGUCAGGCAAGAGCUGCUGUGAUGGUUUAUGAUGAUGCCAAUAAGAAGUGGGUGCCAGCUGGUGGCUCAACUGGGUUCAGCAGAGUUCAUAUAUAUCACCACACAGGCAACAACACAUUCCGAGUGGUGGGCAGGAAGAUUCAGGACCAUCAGGUGGUGAUAAAUUGUGCCAUUCCUAAAGGGUUGAAGUACAAUCAAGCUACACAGACCUUCCACCAGUGGCGAGACGCUAGACAGGUGUAUGGUCUCAACUUUGGCAGCAAAGAGGAUGCCAAUGUCUUUGCAAGUGCCAUGAUGCAUGCCUUAGAAGUGUUGAAUUCACAGGAAACAGGGCCAACAUUGCCUAGACAAAAUUCACAACUACCUGCCCAAGUUCAAAAUGGCCCAUCACAAGAAGAAUUGGAAAUUCAAAGAAGGCAACUUCAAGAACAGCAGCGACAGAAAGAGCUGGAGCGGGAAAGGCUGGAGAGAGAAAGGAUGGAGAGGGAGAGAUUGGAGAGGGAGAGGUCAGAAAGGGAGAGGCUGGAGAGGGAGCGCCUAGAACAAGAACAGCUGGAAAGAGAGAGACAAGAACGGGAGCGGGAGCGGCAGGACCGCCUAGAGCGGGAGAGACAAGAGCGCGAGAGACUGGACCGCGAAAGACAAGAGAGAGAGCGCCAGGAACAGUUAGAAAGGGAACAGCUGGAAUGGGAACGGGAGCGGAGAAUAUCAAACACUGCACCACCUUCCGACAGCUCCCUGUAUAGCGCUCCACUUCCCGACUAUGCCAGUUGCCAGCCUCCUUCAGCACCUCCUCCAUCCCACGCUAAAGUCAUCUCCGCUCCAGUGUCAGAGGCCACUCCUGAUUAUGCUGUAGUGACCACUUUGCCACCUACUUCCACACCCCCUACACCACCACUUCGACACUCAGCGACACGUUUUGCAACCUCUCUAGGGUCAGCCUUCCACCCUGUUCUUCCCCAUUACGCUACAGCUCCUCGUCCUAUGAACAAAAACUCUCGGCCUUCUUCUCCUGUGAACACACCCUCUUCUCAGCCUCCAGCUCCGAAGCCCUGUGCCUGGUCUGCUUCCAGUUUUCCGCCCCUCCCUCCAUCUCCUCCAGUAAUGAUUAGCAGCCCCCCAGGCAAAGCUACUGGUCCAAGGCCUGUCCUCCCUGUUUGUGUCUCUUCUCCUGUGCCCCAAAUGCCUCCAUCACCAACAGCACCGAAUGGGCUGCUUGACUCUGUCACAUAUCCAGUGUCUCCACCGCCUACCUCAGGGCCAGCGCCGCUGCCACCACUGCCUCCCCUCGCACCACUGUCACACUGUGGACCUCAAGCUUCUCCUCCUCCAAGCACCCCUAUUGCCUCGACUCCCUCAUCCAAGCCUAGUGUUCUCCCUUCUCCCUCUGCAGCUGCCCCUGCCUCUGUGGAGACUCCUCUAAACUCUGUGCUGGGAGACUCCUCUGCUUCUGAGCCAGGCUUGCAGGCAGCCUCUCAGCCGGCCGAGACUCCAGCCCCACCUGGCAUUGUCUUGGGACCACCUGCACCUCCACCCCCUCCUCCACUCCCACCAGGUCCUGCCCAGGCUUCAGGGGCACUUCCUCCUCCUCCAGGACCCCCCCCUCCUCCUCCUCCACUUCCCUCCUCAGGGCCUCCUCCUCCCCCUCCGCCCCCCCCUCUUCCUAACCAGGUACCCCCUCCUCCCCCGCCUCCUGCUCCUCCCCUCCCUGCAUCUGGAUUUUUUGUGGGAUCCAUGUCAGAAGACAAUCGCCCCUUGACUGGACUGGCAGCUGCAAUUGCUGGAGCAAAGCUUAGGAAAGUGUCACGGAUGGAGGAUGCCUCUUUCCCAAGCGGGGGCAAUACCGUUGGUGUGAAUUCGGCCUCAUCUAAAACAGACACAGGUCGUGGAAAUGGACCCCUUCCUUUGGGGGGUAGUGGUUUAAUGGAAGAAAUGAGUGCCCUGCUGGCCAGGAGGAGAAGAAUUGCUGAAAAGGGGUCAAUAAUAGAAACAGAACAAAAAGAGGAGAAAAAUGAAGAUUCAGAGCCUGUAACUUCUAAGGCCUCUUCAACAAGUACACCUGAACCAACAAGAAAACCUUGGGAAAGAACAAAUACAAUGAAUGGCAGCAAGUCACCUGUUAUCUCCAGACCAAAAUCUGCACCCUCCUCCCAGCCCAGUGCCAAUGGAGUCCAGACAGAGGGACUAGACUACGACAGAUUGAAGCAGGACAUUUUAGAUGAAAUGAGAAAAGAAUUAACAAAGCUAAAAGAAGAGCUCAUUGAUGCAAUCAGGCAGGAACUGAGCAAGUCAAAUACCGCAUAGAGAAACAAACUAAGGAGAGAUAGGACUUUAAUCUGGAGAAAGAAAAAAACACACCUACGAACAACAACUGUUAACAACAAACCCCUACAUUUUGUGAGCUGUGAGAAGCUGGAGACACAGAUCGUCAGAAGGAGGGAAAAACCAACACACUUUGAAAGCCUUCAGACUUUAUUCCGCUGGCGAUAAGCUAUUUCCCUCCCAGUUUGCUGCUUUUUUCUUUGACCUUUUCAACAGAAUGGAAGAGUCGAGAAGAGUUCCUGUAACAGUUGUGCAGAAAACACUGAGCCCAUCAGGCAAGAUCACCAUGCAUUGAAGUAUCUUCAUGUCAGGAUAAAAAUCUCACAUUUUCCACAAUCAUUGCUAAAAUAAAGAGGAGAAAGGCUUAAGGAGAUUUUUUUCGGAGAGUGCUGAUGAAGAAUUCAGCAGGUUAUGCUAUUGUAUUGUAAAUGUUUCUCUCAGGUUCGUCUUCCUAUCAUUAUUCCAUGACUAUUGAGGUAGCCCUGUGCAGGCUAAGAUCAUCAAAUGUGGAACAGAUGGAAUUGCUAUGUGCUUUCAAAGGGUGAUACUUGUAAGAAAGUGUCCUAAAAGUGAUUUGUCCAGCUUGAGGAAUUUUAGAAUGAUAGGAAGUCUCUCGAGUUAGCCUUCAUGCAAUUUUGUAGAUUAAAACAUAAAAUUUGUCCAGAAUUUAAAGAUUUAGAUGCCUUCCUAAAUUGUUACAAUGCUUUACCAAAUCUAUGACUCCUACAUAAUGCAAACCAGUGGUCAAAUGUAAAACAACAUAUUGUAGAUUUACUGUAGGUUUCCAACCUUUUUUAGAUUUAUGCAUGUGGACAUUUUUAUAAUGUAAUUACAGACACCACAAAAUUAGCUUUUUUAAUCGCAGACAGUAAUGCAUGUCACAGUAACACGUAGUGGCCUUUUCAAGGCCUAGUCCCAGGGAAAACAUUUUUGUAGCGUAUAGGGGAUUGGGAGGAAGGGAAGGAAUAAUUUUUUAUUUAAAGUUAAUUUCUGCACUAUCUUUUUUGUCAAUUACCUGCAUGAAAAAUAAUGAGGACUCUUUUGUGCUUUUAAUUGGUAAAUAACGUUAACAGAACCAAGUACUUAAUCUUUUACAUCAUGUCUUCAGCUAUUUGUAUUUGAACUUCAGUAAUUUCAAUGGUCUGAAACAUGAUUCUGAGCUUCGCACGAAGUAUAUCUUCCUGCGGAAUUCAAAAGUUUGAUCCCUGAAUUUGGUAGUUACUAUUACCUAGGUGCCCUGCAGGUAUACAGCUGUUCAGGUACAUGCUCCUGACUGUGAAGCUGCUUUUGAAUUUUGUUAUGUUGAUUUACAAGAACUAACGAUGAUGGCAGCGGUUAAGGUCACAGAAAUCAUUAGGUGAGGGGAAACUAAUGAGUUCUGCAUUGUUUUCUUUUAAUAAAUAAAGUGAGACUUGGGUGGUGGGAACAAGGAAUUAGAUCCUCUACUUACCACUGUGUAUGCGCGUGUGUUUGUGCGUGCACACGCGUGUGUAUGUAAUCCACUCCCUUUUAUUUGAAAUUUGUAAGAUUAAAAUAGGGGAGAAAUCCUAUCUGUUGCAAUGAUAGAUUUUUUUUUUU